CUUUUCUUAAAACGUCAAUGUUCAAAAUAUAAUUUCAUUCUAAUUUUCGGUGUGCUAACAGCUUAUCAAAUUUCUUCCAAAUUAGUUCUUUUUUUCCUACAUAUAUUUCUUAAAAACAAUCGUUCAAACAACAUGAGUAGGAGACCGUUGGGCCCCGGUCCAGGUGCUUAUAUGCUGCCCUCAAGCUUUGGUUACAGUAACAACGUACCAACUGGUCGACGUUCGCCUGGAUACAGUUUCGGCUUGCGUGGUCCCGAUGACAUUAAGAAAGCUGGACCAGGACCAGGCGCUUAUAAAACAGAUGCAUUGACACGCUAUGGAAAGAGUCGAUAUCUCAAUUACUCAUAGAUGAUUUCAAUGUUGAUAUGCCGUAAACGUUUGAAUGACUAGCCUGAUGCUCUUAAACACGGAUUUCUACUACAAAACAAAAACAAAA